UUGUCAGCAUAGGGACAAUCGCGAGAAAGAGAGAGAGAGAGAGAGAGAGAGAGGGAGAGAGAGAGAGAGAGAGAAAGAGAGAGAGACAGUUCAACCCAAGGAACUGAAUCGAGUAGGGGUGAUGGAAUCGUGAGUAUGGCACGAGCUUCGGUCUUCUCUGAUCCGCACCGAUACAGUACUAUCGAAUAUACAUAACGUAAAGAUCAGGGAUCGAGCUCCGCUCGGAACCAGAGCCUUCAGAUAGACGUACGUCUCACGCACACGGGACUGUUCCACAGCGCGGGCGCGCGUUUCCGCGUGUCUCUGUGUUUGUUCGUGUUUGUCUUCAUCUUCGUCUUCGUCUUCGAUUUCGUCUUCAUCUUCGUCUUCGUGUUCGUCUUCAUCCACGUCUUCGUCCUACGAAUUACGUAUAUGCGAGUGUCCGUUGAACGGUGAAUCGAUCGGCAAAUAAUAUUUUCGAUGGUUUUAAUCGCUAAAGUAUAACAUGGAAAUUUGAACGAUCGAUUUCCGUUUUUCACAGAAUUUAUCAUCCGUUUGAAAACUAUAUGUUGCAUCAAGUUCCUCACCGGUCCUAAACUCGUUACUACGGAAACUCGAUUCGACUCGUCGGACUGCACAGUGUCCGAAGAAGAGAAAUGCACGUGUCAUGUUUCGAUCGAUCCAUCGCUUUGCCUAAUUCGAUCCAUUGAAAUUGUACAGCAGCAACGAUAUUACCGAACGAGGAUAAUUCUAACGCUGCGGCGUUUGUCAGCAUUGGAUGGUGUUCGUCGGCGUUGUCUCGGUCGUUGAGGACGAUUCGAAACGGUGCGUUCGAUGCAUCUACGCGAACAAUUAGCAGAAAACGAGAAAGCUGAGAACCAUCGAAAUCGAACGAGAAUUUGUACAUACGUUCGUUGAAGAGAAGAAACCGAGGGAACGGAGAGUCGCGUGUAUCCUUGGACCAUAUGAAUUCAACUUCGAUUCAUGAAAUACCGAAUAAGGGAAGGGCAUUGAAGCAAAAACAUCGUCGUCAGCUGAAAAUCAUUAGAGUCGUGUAAAGGCUUUCCAAAAGAGAAGAAACAGGUGAAAAUCGGUUGCUCGCGCUGUCAUUACGCGUAUUUACAGUUUUCAUUGCGUGCGCGUACGAAUGCGCGCGUCCGUUCGCGAGUGUAUCGUGGUUCGUGGUGUGCGUGCGUGCGUGCGUGCGUGCGUGCGUGCGUUUGCGCGAGCGUGCGCGCGUGUCUAAUUUGUGAUCGUCGAAUCUUUCUUUUGAAUCUUCCACGUUCGAUAAAACGAUCGUACCAGAUAAUCCGCAUCCGCAGCCGCGCGCAACGAAAGAGAGUUGGGAUAAUUUGUUCGACUUGGUGCGCUUUUCUCUGCUUCGCGUGUAUCCCGAUGCUAAAUGGAUAUUCCGGCGAGGAACGGAAGAGGAACUCGUUGCGCGUGAACAGCUAAUCGAAUCUAACCCGAAGCGAUCCGCAUCGGAGCAUCGGAGCAUCGGAAGCGUCGCGUCGUUAUUCCGACCUUUUCACCAUCUGCUUCCUUGUCUGUCGUAUCCUGUUUAUUCUUCUUCUCUUCGAGUUUUCGAUUAUGAGAGAAGCCGUAAUCAUUGCCACGUGCCUGUUGGGUUUCGUGUUCGCUGGAAGUCCUAGAUUGCCCAGGACCUCUGCCGACGAGCGUAACAUCCGUAAUGUCAGCAACAAUGGAAACAACGUCACUGGAAACACGGUGCCCGCACCGGCUCGAAAUCCUCAGCGCAACAGGGAGCAAUACCUCUUCAACGUUUUCGAGGUUAUAGUUUCGACGCUAGAGUCGAAAUUACAACGAAUCGAAAAUUUGGACAAAGCCGUGGAGCAUCUAAUGAGAAGAGUAGAAGCUUUGGAUUCGCGUGUAAACGACAACAUCGAUAAAACCGACGCCGUCAUUACGAAGCUGCGAACAUUGGAUUUAAAACUGUUUAAUCCUCAAGCAACCUAUUUGCCAACCGAUCAUGCUGUCUAUUCGGCUACAACGUCGAAUAAUAAAACCGUCGGUGAAACCAGAGGUGUUCGUACGACGCAAACGGUUCAUCAGGACGGUUCAACAUCCUCCGAAGCUCUUGGCGAGAAAUUGUUGUCGCUCGAUCAAAAGGUUUCCGAUAUCGAUAAUAAACUGGUCGACUUGAAAAAUCAAUUGGAUAACAAUCUUUUGCAAAACGACGAUAUAAAUGCUGAAGCAAGCGAAAAGAAACCAGUUAGCAUGAGCGUGAUCGAAAUCACGAAAGCGAUGAGCAACGAAGUGAUCAAUCAUAUAUCGAUCGAAAUAGAUAAUCUUCGGCAGACCACCGGUAGCAUGGAUAGAAAAUUACAAUUCCAUAUGAAUUUGGUCUCCGAACAGUUGGAAGGCGUUUACAAUAUGAUGACGGACGUGCACGAUGCGAUAAUUGUCAGGGGAAAUACGAACGAUCAACGGAUUUUCAACGUUACGGCAACGGCAACAACGGCAACAACGGCAACAACGGCAACAACAACGACAGCAACCGCAACGACAACCACGGAAACGCCGUCAUCGAAGCAAAGUAAGAUCGAUCGACUCGUCGAACAGAUGUAUCCUAUGUUGACCGUUUCCGAAAAGAUGGACGAAGUUUGGAAUGUCGUGGUUGGUACGAAAAGUUCUGUAGACGACCUUUUACCAAAAUCGGACGAACUGUUGACGCAAACUCAAAGACAAGAGAGAGCGAUCAAUGAAAUUCACGCGGAUUUACGUUCGAAAACGAACAAGAUUAUCGAAAACUUGGAAGGAGUGGAGAAUAGACUGAGGAAGCAAGAAGACGACGUAGCUACUCUUGCUCAGCGUCCCAUUCCGGCAGAACUUUUACUCGAUCCUACGAUCGACCGUCUCGUCGAAUACGAUUCGAGCAGAUACGUCGGAAUGUCCGAAGAUAUUACACCGGAGACUACCAUUCCACCGGUGACGCCAACCACCGUUGUUUCAUCGGUGUCCAUAUCGACGUCCUCGUCGACUUCGUCCAACGUUAUACCGUCCAAUAAUUUCAGCAACUCUACCAACAAUAUCGGUAUUUCGAACGGUUCUUCGAAUUCGAUCGCAUCUUCCGGGGUAACGAUACCCGCAUCGAAUGCCCUACGAUUUUCUACCAAAAAUCGUGGCGUUAUAUUUCCAAGUGUGAAAAAUAAACCGAGCCCUGCGAAUUCGACGUUUGCCACGGACGCGUUUCUUAGUUACAAGGAUGUUAAGGGUUACUCGUGCGUUGAUUUGUUGAACGCAGGCAUGAGAGACAACGGUGUCUACUAUCUUCAAAUACGUGGCACCACUUACUGGUUCCUGAAAGUUUUUUGCGAGCAAGAUAUUGCCGACGGGGGUUGGACGGUUAUUCAGAGAAGGGACGAUUUUGGAGAGCCUAGAGAAAAUUUCAAUCGCGAUUGGGCCGAUUACAAGAACGGCUUUGGCGAUCCGGCCAGAGAAUUUUGGUUGGGCAACGAAAACAUAUAUAUGUUAACGAACAACGAAGAUUACACGCUCAGAGUGGAACUCGAAGAUUUCGAAGGCAAUAAGAGGUACGCUCAGUAUUCUCAUUUUAAAAUCUACUCCGAGGCGGAAUAUUACAAAUUGGAAAUCGAUGGUUACGAUGGAAACGCGGGCGAUUCGUUGAACGAUCCUUGGUACGGUUCGAACAAUAGCCCAUUUUCGACGUACAACAGAGACAACGACAGGUCGUCUUUGAACUGCGCGUCCAUGCUAAAAGGCGGCUGGUGGUGGAAAUCGUGUGGACGCGGGUUGAACGGACUUUAUUUGAACGAUCCACAAGAUCUGACUGCCCGGCAAGGUAUCGUGUGGUUUCGUUGGAGAGGUUGGGAUUAUACGUUGAAACGGGCCACGAUGAUGAUCAAACCUAAAGGACCUUCGGUGCCAGUAUAGAGUAACAAACGAUAGUUAGAAAAAGCAAAUAUAUCGUAAACAAAUUUGAGGAAUUGCGUUUCUUAUGCCGUUUCAUGUAAGCGACAUGAUUCGUUGUAAUUACCAAAUACGUAAACAUUCCGUAUACAUCGAGCAACUUUUCUCUCUCUGUUCCAACACAAUUUCUAACUCUGUCACACACAAUUUCAUUUCGAAUCCCUUAAUGCUAGAAAUACAUGCGCGCAUAUGUGUAUUUAUUUUCGUUGAAUUACCGGUGAAUUCGCCGAAAUAAAUCUUAGCAAAGGUAAAUAAACGCGUGUAUUCAUUAUUUCGUUAUUUCGUAUUCAUUAUUAUGUCUCUAUGAAACGAGUGACCGUAUCGAACGAAACGCCACCCUUUUCUUUCUUUUCACUUUUUCAUAGCAUCGUGUUUACGCAAACUCGAGUAAAUUGCCAUGCAUGAUAACAGUCGUUGAAAUCGAUGGUAAACGAAGAUGCGAACGACAGUGUAGUUGAAAAUUGUAAAAAGAGAAUUACCUAUUGAAAGACAUUUACCUCAAUAAACGAAAAGAAUAAUUGAAAAA